UCUCUUGUCGUGUUGUCGCAUUCUAGUUGUGCCGGUGAGAAACAGAAAAAAAAAGUGUCGAAAAUGUUGUUGAGCAGUAGCUUAUAUUAUAUAUACGGUCUUUCGUAAAAGAAAUAUAGUAUCUUCUGCGGAUGCUGAAGUUUUUUAUUACACUGUUAACCACGUGCAAUAUAUUAGCAUAAAGGGCGUACUCGUUGUUUCAGACAGUACUGCAUAGCAGCUAAAAAGUAAAAGAUGCACGUUGAAAGAGAUUAUAUUUUUAGAAACGCAAGUUAAUACUUUGUAGCUUAAGUUUUUAGGUUGCUCGCUUUGUUUUCUUCGUAGCCAUUUCGGUGAAAUUAAUACAUUUUAAGUUUCGUUUUUGUUGUGGGCGCAGGAUGAGCCUGUCAUUCCCGGUUUGAGUUACUUUCUUGACGAUUUUGAUUUGUGUUUAUGUUGGAUAUAAACAUGGAAGGUGGAAAUCGGGAAGGGAAUAGUAAUGAAACCCACGUUAAUAGUGAUGUUGUCAUGGACAAAUUUUUAAAGUCGUUGGGUCUGUAUCGGAAACGAAUUGCUAAAGACGGGUCCUGCCUUUUUAGGGCUGUGGCUGAACAGGUACUUCAUUCUCAGAGUCGUCAUUAUGAAGUUAGAGAAGCCUGUGUAUCGUAUCUGAGAAGAAAUCGAGAUAUGUUUGAAGCGUUUAUAGAAGGCUCAUUUGAAGAGUAUUUGAAGCGACUAGAAAACCCUCAGGAAUGGGUUGGCCAGGUGGAAAUCAGUGCCCUGUCUCUCAUUUACAAACGUGAUUUUGUUAUUUACCAGGAGCCAAAUGGAUCGCCUUCUUGUGUGACUGAGAACAACUUUCCUGAUAAGGUGAUGUUAUGCUUUUCCAAUGGAAAUCACUAUGACAUUGUUUACCCAGAAGAAUUUAAAAAGUCUGCAGCAGUUUGCCAGUCUCUCCUUUAUGAAAUUUUAUAUGAAAAAGUGUUUGGAAGAGAUAUCAGUACAUUAAUGGAGGACUUGACAGCUAGUAGUGGGAUAACCAAUGGAGGCCUGGAAGAAAACCCCAGCGUUAGUGGCGACUCUGGUUCUGAUUCAGAUGAUGAUGUGGAAGGGAGUGAAGCUACAGGAACUGAUGACAACAGUGGCUAUAGGUCUCCAUCUUUUCAUCAAAACCCAAAGAGGGAUGUGAACACUGGCAACCUUGUUCAGUCUGCUGUGUCAAAAAAAGUUCUUCAGUCACUGAAUCCUACUAUUUACAGAAAUAUUGAAUAUGAAGUUUGGCUGAAGUCGAAGCAUGAACAACAAAAAUUGGACUAUACUAUUGCUGCUGGUAUGCAGUUUUCAGUUGGAGACAAAUGUAUGGUACGUUUGGAUAAUAGUGGGAGGCAAUAUAAUGCCCAUAUUCAGGAAGUUAAUCCAGAAAAUGGCCAAGUCAUGGUCUUUGUAGAAGAACUUGGAGAAAAGCAUUCUGUUUCUUUGAAGAAUUUAAAACCCCCAUCACAUUCAGGUUCUUCUGGUGGGUGGAACAGAGUAACUGGAAAGAAAGUUAAGAAAUCUGUUUCAACAAACUUUCAGAACUCGCAGUCUGAUUCUGAUUUUAAGAGCCAAAAGGGUCCAAAUAAGCCAUUAAGAAAUCCAACAACACUACCUCCACGUCUACAACAAACAAAUGUCAGACAGCCGCACUUUGCUGGACAGCCUACAGGGUCCCAUUCCCAGCAUUUACCUGAUAGCAAACCUCCUUACAAGAUGCCUCCACAGUCAGCAAGGAAAGCUGAACGCGAGAGAAGCCAAGAAUCUGACAGCAGCAGGCAAUGUAAUUACUUUGGUCUUUCUCCUGAGGAGCGCCGAGAGAAACAAGCUAUUGAAGAAUCCCGGGCACUAUUUGAGAUUCAGCAGAGGGAUGAACAAGCUUUUCCUGCCCUUUCUCCUCAGCUUGUGUGUCAAGCAGCUACUCAGACAAGUGACCUUUGCAUCCAGAAAAGUCCUCCCACCAUAAAUCAUGACAUGAAAUCUUCAAGAUCUUUUUCCGACCCAAGCAAGAUAAAGGAUUCUGAUUGUGAUCUCAUCUUUCCCAAGUCUGAGCAGAAGCAUGAAGCUAGCACAGUUGUGAAAUCAAAGUCAGAAGACACUUAUCCAAAACAUUCAUCUUCAGAACAACAGAAUUUGCAAUCCUCAGCUACUGCUGAGCAGACCGUGACUGAAAGUGGUUCUGCUGUUACUUCAUCAGUUGCAAAUUCAUCUGUUCCAUUACCUCUUUUGGUUUCAUCUGAAUCACAGCCUACUAAUGUAACAACGCCAGCAGUGCCUUCUGCACCAUCUUUAGUACAAAGUCGGCAGAGUGAGCCAGUACUCUGUAAACAAGCAGGUUUACAGCUACAGACUGGCCUUCCAGCAGCACAGUCAACACUGCUUGAGCCGCCUUCUCUGCCACAUGGUCAGAUAGCUGGCACCCCGAUCCCCCCUCAUUCUCUUCCUGUGCAUGCAGUUAACCAACCUUUGAUGCCUUUACCUCAAACCAUGAACAGUUUUGCAGAUCCUUUGUACCCUGGUUUUCCUUUAAAUGAAAAAGGAGAAUGUGUGAUAACACCACCAUAUUCCAUCUCUAAAACUGGGGAUGACCUUCCACAAGAUAAAGGCAUCCUUCGUUUCUUUUUCAAUCUUGGUAUAAAGGCCUACAGCUGCCCUAUGUGGGCACCACAUUCCUAUUUAUAUCCUCUACAUCAAACCUAUUUUAAUACUUGCAGAAUUUAUCCAAAAGUACCUGGUCCUACAUGCCAUCUAACUCCUUGGAUACAGGAUGCUGCAGCCACCCAGAGUGAAAAUGCUGUUGCACCAUUGCAGACGGAUAAUGACUGUUCCUAUCAUAAUGAUGUCAGACCUAAUGUUAACUGUGCACAAGUAGAAAACAGUUCACCUGUGUCAAUGAUUUCUCUUUCUCAAGGACCGUCAUACCCUGCAGAAAUUUCAGGUUCUGGUUUAGCGCACCAUAGCUGUUCAGCAUCUCCUUGUAUAGACAGCAGUGACAAAGCAGCGUGUAGAAACAUGUUUCCACAUGCAGUAUUUGGCCAUAAUGCAUUUUUCGGAGCACUGCCCAUAGCUCCUUCAUUUUUUCCUCCUGUUUGGUUUGGGUACCCCAUUCCACCUUUAAGUGAUAGUCAUGUAGUUCAGCAUAACUUAAGGAUGGCCCAAGAGAAACAUCUGGAAGAAAUUAAGGUAUGUCCUACUUCAGAGGAGCCUAAAUAUCAAAAGGAGGACUGUCCAGUUGUACCUGUUCGGAGCACAAUUCAGCAGCAUGAAAUGACCCAUACAGAAGAGGUUUUGGAGGCCAAGCUUUCCCCUGCAGCAUGUAUAUGUAAUGAAGCUGUUAGCAAGGAAGUGCCAGUUGGGGAGGUUGAAGCGGGCAUGUCAAAUGAAUCAUUGUCCUUUUCACAGACAGAGUCUAGGAUAACAGCUGCUCUGUCCUCUGUACAGCAGCACAAGAUGGAACUUAAGUCAGCUGAUGCAGCAUGUGUAGAUACUGAACCUCAAAGGUCUCUUACUAAAGUAGAUGUAAACUAUGUGCAAAGUUCAGAAGACUAUCAAGUCAGUAAACAGAAUAAUACACUGGACAGCAACAAGCAGAUGAUGGGAGAAACUACAGAAAGUGAAUAUGGGGCAGCAGAUAUGCAAAGGAACAGCAGGCCACAUUUAAGUGCUCCAUAUUAUGCUGGAAAGAAAUUUAAAGAUGGCUUUUGCCCCCCAACAAGAGGUGGAUAUUCAAGGAGUGAAGCUGGAAGGAGAGGAACAUAUCACAGAGAGUAUAAUCCAAAUUAUAGAGGCAGAGGUUUCAGAAAUGGUGGUAGAAGGAGAGCAGGGGAUAAUUACAACUACAGAGAUGACAGAAAUAGGGGCUCUCAUAGUGUUUCUCAGGUGCACACUCAGCCAAACUGAAGGCAUAACCCAUGAGGAAGUGUAUGUAAGCAAAUGGAAAGAGGAUUAAAAAUUGAGCACCAAGUGUUGCAAGAAUGUAUUCUAGUUGAAUUAGAUGGCAUAACGUUUAGGGUGCAGUGAUAAAAAUUGUAAUCUUUGCUUCUAAGGUGAGGGUUAUUUUUUUAUGAUCAAUGCAGAUGUUAAUACUAAAGUGUACUUUUACUAUGGAAUGCUGGUAGAGAUACUUAUUUGGAAAAAAAACAGUCACAUUGACUGAGUAAUCCAUGUACAUAAAUUUGAGACUAUGGUAGUAGCAGCUUAGUUGCCUACUUUGCCCACUUUGCAAUAUUAAUCUGUUUUCCAUUCAGUCUUGUAAUUUUGUAUAGCAUGUAUAUGUGUAUGUACAUAUAUGUAUAUAUAUGUGUGUGUGUGUGUGUGUGUGUGUGUGUGUGCGCAUUUUGUUUCUGUAUGCAUAUUUUUGUUACAUACUGUUUUAAAUGAGAUUUGCUGACUUUAUUUUCAACAAAAAACUGUGACUUGUCCAAGCCACUGCUGAGUUCUUGUAGAUUGUAGCCAGUGAAACGACAUAAAUAGUUAGUGCUUUCUAGAAUGAUUGUGUGUUUUACUGAGCAGACCAAGGCUGGAUUAAUAAACCAAAGGAGAAACAUGAAUUUAA